AGAAAGGCUGCGCUCCAUGCUAGGGUUCCGGCGGGCAAGCUGCUGGAUUGGAGCGCCGCUUUCUCGUCAGGCCCCAAACUGUUCGUCGGAGGCCUGUCCUAUGACACCAAUGAAGUUGCUCUCAAGGAUGCGUUCUCUCAGCAUGGCGAUGUUAUCCAAGUCAAAGUGAUAUGCCAUCCUGUGACCGGGCAAUCAAAAGGAUACGGUUUCGUCAAGUUCUCCUCGGAAAAAGAAGCUGCUGCGGCAUUGGAGAAGAUGAGCGAUGAGGUGCUUGAUGGGAAGAACAUACGGGUGCAUUUUGCAAACAGUGGAUGACCUGCUACUGCUGCUAUAGAUGAGCAAGGUACUUAUCCGGUCUUUGUUUGUUGUGUUCAGAACUUGUAAUGUUCGUUCGUGCCCUGGACAUGUACCUUUGUAUGAUCACCAGUACAUAUUUCAAGCUCAGUCUUACGACCAACUUCAAAUAGACCAGUCUUCUGAUCUUUUA